UCUAUAUUUGCUCUGCUCGCAAGCUCCUGCUGCCGCAUGGGCUCAUCAGACGUAUCUUUAGAGCAGCCCAAUCACAUCGUUGUCAUGUUUUGGGGCUGCGGAAACUCCCUUGAAUUGGUUUGGCGCCUGAGGUUCCGACCAAGUUGUUUGGUCCCGAAAAGCCGAAACUCCCCAAAUGUCCAAGAGUUGCCGGCCGUCUCCCGCCUUGUCGCCUAACACCCUGGUCGCGUGUGCAUACGAUAGACGGAUAGAGGCGUCAUCGACUGAGCUUAUCGCCGGGUGCGCUUUGCAAUGAUGCUACUGUACGACUUGCGCCAACCCUACGAGGAUCGGCCUCUGAUGGUCACGGAUUUUGGAGUACCGUGUACCAUUGUGAAGGGUUCGUCCACCCGAGUCCUCAGUCCAGGGACUUUUGAUCGCUGGGCAAUUUGGUGAGGGUGGAAUUCUUACGCGUUCCUUUGACCAAAAGAUUUACGACUAGGAAAGGACUGUUGUCCAAUCCAGCACACAUCGACAUCAGCUCCACCUUUCGGUCGGUUGUCGACAGAUGUCACUGGUUGUCUGGAUAUCGCCAAAAGUGAUGCAGCUUACAGGGAGGUGCAGGCAGGUGUCAGUGGCGGCCGCGGCGGUCUUGGCGCCCACGAAUCGUCAUUAGAAGGUGGGGUUUUCAUUGGACAGUGCGCCGUCCUGAGAUUCCCACUUCGCUUUGGCAGGCCACCUCAGAGGCCUACGUUGGAGCUACGUGGAGGCUGCGUUGAAGCUAGCACCGCGGCCACGACCGUCAGAGCACAGGGCAACAUCAAAAUUUCGAAACGGGUUACGAUUGUCACUUUGGAGCAGUGGAGGGAGAUGAAGACUUGGAAGACUUGGAAACCAGGUGAAAUGACCACCGCGUCCCAGGGUGUUGUCGUCUUGCCUUUGCGUUACGACUCGCGAUCCUCCCAUCCUUCACACUCAGGUUCCGGUGCCCAUCUCACCCAUCUCCACUGCUAGCUUGCACAUCUUGAUUUCCGCCUUGACCACGUUUUCCCAUACUCCUAUUCAUGUCAGUCCGUCGGUUUUCUCUUGGGCGUCUUGGUUCCUGCCAGGGUCACGCAGGGUUGAGCGACUUCGCCCCUCGGCUCGUAUGCAACAGCUCGCAUAAGAAGAGCCUCCAAGACCUUCCUUCCGAAGCCGGUCACACUCGUUACACAAUUCGCCAUGGCUUCCGGCAUCCCAUAUACCCCCAAACCUGCGACCGACAUCUUCACCCCAUACCAAACCGACAUUAACCGACGAGAAUGCAAGAGAAUUGUACCUAUGCGAGUGCUGGCACUCGGGCUCGGAAGGACGGGUACAGCCUCGUUAAGAUCGGCCUUGAAAGAGUUGGGUUACACCGACACGUACCACAUGAUGUCCGCCAGUGUUGAGAACCCGCCGGAUUGUCUCUGCUGGAUGGACGCCUUUGCGGCCAAGUUCGAAGGCAAAGGCAAGUUCGGCCGUGAGGAGUGGGAUGCUCUUUUCGGCCACUGCCAGGCUGUCUGCGAUUGGCCCGCCGUCGCGUUUGCCAAAGAACUGAUCGAGGCCUACCCCGAGGCCAAGGUUAUCAUCACCACAAGAGACGUUGACUCCUGGCACGCUUCGGUCAUGAAGACGGUGUGCUGGCGCGCCAACGACCCCGAGCUCAGGGCUGUCGCGAACUUCGACUGGGCCGCUGGAUUGUACCAUCCCAUGCUGCGCAAGUUCUGGAAGUAUUUCUUCAACGACGACUUUGAGAACUCUGGGAAGGAAAGGUUCCACGAGUACUACAAGGAGAUUCGCGAGCUUGUCCCACCCGGCCAGCUGCUCGAGUACCGCGUGAGCUCCGGCUGGAGACCUCUGUGCGAGUACCUCGGCGAGCCCGUUCCUGACAAGCCCUUCCCGAGAUCCAACGACGCGGAAAACUUUGUGCAACGAUGCCGAACACAGAACCGCAAGCAAAUGAUGAACGUCAUCUUCAGGGCUCUGGUCGUGGGAGUGCCGGUGGUCGCGACCGCGCUAUCUGCGACAUUUGCCUACACCCACUACCUACCAAAAUUCGCACAGAACACCUCAUUGUGGACAACAGCGUCCUCUUAGAACCAAGAGGUGGACAAAUUGUAUGUUUCAUUUUUGACUAUGGCAAUGGUCUGUACAUAGUUUGGCGUUUGGAUUUCAUGCCAUCGUGUGUAUCUCUUGCAACGGGUGUGCAGGGCGCCUGCAUUCUCAGUCUCUGGACAUAAUUCUGGGUUGGGCAAGGUCUUCGCAAACAAAAAUUGCACAUUGGAGUUGGUUGUUGUCUUUAGGAGCAGGACUUGUCUGGAUGCAUAAUGCCUGGGAGACGGAUUUCGGCAGUGUCCGACGAUAGACCGUGUUAUCAAGCAUAUGAAUUGAAGAGACUUAGACACUAUA